GCAGCCAACGAACUUCUUUGCUGCCGACCUCACGCCAAACAAAAGCCUUUACUGGAAACAGGCUGAUCAGCAAAUCAAGAUAUACUAGGAUGAGUUGAUAUUAUCACCGGCCGCAGAUUACUGACCCGACACCCUUACUGCGUCAUUACCCCUCGAUCAAGAUGCCGAGUCGAGUUUCCGCCCGUUCAACAUCCACCGCCUCGCGCAAAGGCUCUACACAGACUGCGACAAGCGGUCGCGCUGGCUCAGCGACCCCAUCAUUCGCCAUCCCAGAGGAACCUGCAUUACCCGAGGCUGUUCCAACCCUUCGCCGCGAUGUAUGCGCCAUUUUCGCGGAUGCCCAGCGUUCGACUGCCGGUCAUCGCAAACUUGUCGUCCGACUAAGGAAAAUCCAGGAGGUGUGCUGUGCUAUACCCCAGAAGAACUCCAAAAAAGACAGUUCAACUGAAGAGCGAUUGAUUCCCGGCGAAGAGACGGUACCAGAAAAGGAGUUCAACGUCGAAGUAGGUCGUUGUGUGUUGCGCAUCUUGUCUAUUAAGAAGACAGAGCCUGUUGGCGAUCGAAUCCUGCGGUUUCUCGGGAACUUCCUUACUCAUGCCUCGGAAAAGGACGCUGAGAUCUUCGGCUCUGAAGAAGAUGAAGACGAUAUGCAGAAUUCGCACGAAAGACCGACUGCCCACUUGACCACCAGUCUUGUCUCCCUGUUAGUGCCUUUGUUGUCUGCAAAAGACAAGGUUGUGCGCUUCCGUACCACGCAAAUUAUCGCGCACAUCGUCAAUUCACUCGAUACCGUAGACGACGAAUUAUACCACACUCUCCGGCAAGGCCUUCUAAAACGGAUUCGCGACAAAGAACCUUCGGUGCGGGUACAAGCAGUGAUGGGUCUCGGCCGCUUGGCCGGAAAUGAAGAGGACGAUGACGAAAAUGAUGAUACCAGUGCCCUUGUGGAGAAGCUCGUGGACAUAAUGCAAAAUGACACGGCUGCAGAGGUUCGGAGGACAUUACUCCUCAACCUCCCAUUGAUUCCGUCUACCCUUCCAUACCUCCUCGAACGCGCCCGUGACCUCGAUGCUCCCACACGAAGGGCAUUAUAUUCUCGUCUACUUCCGACACUGGGAGAUUUCCGACAUUUAUCUCUCUCCAUGAGAGAAAAGUUGCUCAGAUGGGGUCUUCGUGAUCGCGACGAAAGUGUGAGGAAGGCCACUGGAAAGUUGUUCUAUGACCGCUGGAUUGAGGAUAUCGCUGGCACGAACAAUGACCCUGAGAAAUUCGGGCAGCGCUCGGAACCGAGAAUUCCCGCUUUACUGGAGUUGUUGGAGCGUAUCGAUGUGGUGAACUCAGGCAUGGAAUCCGGCAUAGCGCACGAAGCUAUGCGCAGUUUCUGGGAAGGUCGACCAGACUAUCGAGAGGCGGUACUAUUCGACGAAGCCUUCUGGGAGUCAAUGACAGCAGAAUCCGCUUUCCUCCUUCGCUCAUUCAAUGACUUUUGCCGGGUUGAAAACGAAGGUAAAUAUGACAGCCUCGCCGAUGAGAAGAUCCCAGUCGUUACAGCCCUCGCAAUGUAUCUUCAUAAGUACAUGACCGAGCUUCUGCAGCGCAAGAAGCUCACAAAGGAUGCUACUGACGUAAACGACGACGAUACCGUCGAAAUCGAAUUUAUCGUCGAGCAACUGCUUCACAUCGCGAUGACACUAGACUACAGCGACGAAGUUGGGCGGCGAAAGAUGUUUUCUCUACUCCGUGAGGCUCUCGCUGUCCCAGAGCUCCCUCAGGAAUCGACCAAGCUCGCGGUUGAGACACUGAGAUGUGUUUGUGGGCCCGACGCCGCGGCAGAGAGCGAAUUCUGCAGUGUUGUUCUGGAAGCCAUUGCUGAAGUUCAUGACACAAUCAGCACCGAGGAUAGUUUCGUUUCUGCAAAGUCUGAGAUUAGCGAUGAUGCCAGCAGCCGCCAACGAUCCGAAACGCCGAUGAGUGAAGAUGACAAGCCAUUCAACAAGGAGGAGGCAAAGGCUAAGGUCCUCAAGGAAAUCGUUAUUAAUAUGAAGUGUCUGCACAUUGCCCUUUGCAUGCUCCAGAAUGUUGAAGGCAACCUGCAAGCAAAUAUGAAUCUGGUGACCAUGUUGAAUAACUUGGUAGUACCUGCUGUUCGGAGCCACGAGGCGCCAAUUCGAGAGCGCGGUCUCGAAUGUCUUGGGCUGUGCUGCUUGCUGGACAAGACUCUCGCAGAAGAAAAUAUGACGCUGUUUAUUCACUGUUACAGCAAGGGCCACGAAAACCUACAGGUCACUGCUAUUCAUAUCCUUUGCGAUAUGUUAACUAGCCAUCCUUCGCUGCUGGCUCCCGUUACCCAGGCCGAUAAGGAGACAGUUGCGCCACCGGCGUUCCAGAAGCCACUGCUUAAGGUCUUUUCCAGAGCUCUCAAACCAAAUUCACCCGCGUCUGUACAAACGGCAGCUGCGACAGCUCUUUCUAAGCUUCUGCUCACUGGUGUUUUUACUCCAUCUGCCGCCAAUAUCCCCGAUGCCAUUCAAGAGUUCAACCAACAUGCCAUCGAAACACUGCUACAGUCCCUCGUUGUCUCCUUCUUCCAUCCCCGAACUCGCGAGAAUCCCGCACUCCGACAGGCACUCGCGUACUUCUUCCCUGUCUACUGCCACUCCCGGCCGGAUAACACCCAGCAUAUGAGAAAGAUUACUGUACCUGUCAUCCGGACCAUCCUAAACUCAGCGGAAGAAUACUACUCACUUGAGGCUGAAGAGGACAGUGAUGGUGAUAUUGAUGAGUCUGUUGGGGAGAAGGAAUUGAAGGCCCUGAUGAGCGGAGUUCUUGGUAUGCUUGCGGAGUGGACGGAUGAGCGAAGAGUGAUCGGACUUGGCGGCGAACGGGUCCUUGCUGGGGGCCCUGCUAGCUCCAAUGUUUGUGGCAUUAUCCACUUGCAACUGAUUAAGGACAUACUGGAACGAGUGCUCGGGAUCAGUGAAGGCAGCAAUCGCUGCUCUAAAGAAGAACGAAAACUCCUGUUUUCACUCAUGAGCAAGCUCUAUAUUGCGCCGCCAACGGCACCUUCGCGCUCAGCGUCCCAGGCCCCCGAAGACGACUCGUUCCGUUCCAGCGUGCGAAGCUCCCAUGGCGAACUCAAUCCCGAAAACCUUGCCCUCGCGCAGGAAGUCAAGGAGCUACUUGACCAGACCAUCGAAGAAGGUGUGGCGGCUGAUGCUGCUAGCCGAAAUGCCCUCGUCAAGGUGAAGAACGUGGUGCUCAAGCUACUGGCGGCUCCCAUGCGACCUUCUAGCGCACGCGGCCGCGAGAGCAGUGUCGAAAGUGACAUUGGCAGUGUUCGAUCUUCCAGAAGUGUUCGGCCGUCCGUAGAGCCUGGCUUUGGGCGCCGCGGUGUAUCCGUGGAGCCCAGUAUCAUGGAGGAGGAUGAGAAUGAGGAUAGCCGGGCGACUCUGGACAGUAGAAUGACUGUUAUCAAAGAGGAGGAUGCCGACGCUAUGGAGGAAUGA